AAAAUCCUGACACGCUUUGGUCUCUAUGUUUUUAUUCUUAUUUAUCUGUAUGUGUUUGGGCAUAUCUUAAUUUGUAUUGCAGAUUAUUGUGGAAAAGUUCACCCUGAUCUGUCCCAGCUAUUUUAAGGGGAUCUGCUAUUAGGGGAGUUCCCCUGGAGAUCAGCCCUUGGCGCAUUGACUUCCUUUGGCCACCUGGAAGCAACAUGUAAGGAACCUGACUUAAGGUUCCCUCUUCCCUGGUAAAGAAAGUGGAAAAUCACAAGUGGCUUCUGGCCUGAAAUGUCCUUCAUUUAUUCACUUCAGCCCUCUCUGACCCAACCCUCCUCCCUGGAGGAGGGGGUGAGAUUCCAGGAAGUACAGGGUUGAGUUUUUAGACAAUCAAUUAAUUUUGUAAUUAGAAAAGUAACUUAGAAAAUGGCUUUGGAGGAGACUUUUAAGUUACAACCACCUGGUCAUUAAAGCCAGAAAUCUGGGCCUCUUUCACAAUUAACAACCCCCUCCUCCCAUAAGUUCAGUGCCACCAAGACUUCUCUGCUUUUGUCUCGAUUAUCCUCCAAAUUGCCCUCCAUGCUGCCUUGGUUCAGGCCCCAUCCCCUCACCUAAAUUACCGUGGCAGCCAUGUUGCUAGUCUCUGGGUCACCUCUUCCCUUGGAUCCAUGUUACACACUGCAGCUGCAAGGAUUUUUUUUUCUUUUCUUUUUAAUCUUAAAGGUGCCCUAUUUCCUGCAACAGUGAUUUUUUUUUUAACUUUUAGUACAAAUUUUAAAAGGUCGCUUUCCAUUUACAGCUAUUACAAAAUACUCACUAUAUUCCUCAUGUUGUACAAUACAUCCUUUGCCUGUCUUACACGAAUAGUUUGUACCUCCCACUCUCCCAACCCUAUACUGCCCCUCUCCUCUCAUCCCCACCGGUAACCACUGGUUUGUUCUCUCUCUCUGUGAGUCUCCUCCUUUUUGUUAUGUUCACAAACUGGCAACAGUGGUUCUUAAAUCUUGGUGUGCAUCAGAUUCAGUCAGAAACUUGUUAAAAAUACAGAUACCUGGGUCCCACCAAAUUAGGAUCUUGGGGAAGGAGGUCACUGGGCAUCAGUAUUUUUUAACAAGCUCUAAUUUUGAUGCAAACCAAAAUUUAACCAUGAGUACAUACAAUACCUUGCAGUUCUCAGUAAUAUGCUCACACUCGGAUGUCUCGUGCUAGAUUUUAAACGCUAGCAGCACAGGUGAUCUACUGGCCUUAUUGGUUACCUUCUUCCAGGACUCAGCACACUGCCUGGCACAGAGUAGGUGCUCAAUAAAUGUGACUGGUUGAAAUGGACCAGAUCCAUGGAGGGAGUCUCACCGGAUUACAGAGGUGCCUCCAGCAAUGAAUAUGUUCCAAAUUGCACUUCCUUCUCAAGCCUUGUGGCCAGUGGUGGAUAGAAGGUGAAUUAUGAUGUGUCAGAACAUAGGACCUUGGGGAGUUCCGUAACCAAGAGGAGAAAGAAGUAACAACAGCCAGUAAAGACAGAAAGAACUGCUUCUCCCUUCUUCCCCCUCCAAGUUCCUAGUGGAGAGCUGAGCCCAGCAUCCCAGACUUGUGUGACUACACAGGCGAGCUUCUGAAGACUAACUUCACUUUGGUACCCUAGCCUUCAGCAGCUCAAGGCGUUGGCUUUCAGAGCAGACAAGAGGCUUUUAAGUAGCAGAGCUCCCUGCUCUCAGCAAGCCCAACACCAUGGGGAAGGGAGACACCUUGGAAGCAGCACCAACCACCUCGACCUACCGCUCUGUCAUGGAGGAGUAUGGUUACGAAGUAGGCAAGGUCAUUGGCAAUGGCUCCUAUGGGACGGUGUAUGAGGCUUACUACACAAAGCAGAAGGUCAUGGUGGCUGUCAAGAUGAUCUCAAAGAAGAAGGCCUCUGAUGACUACCUUAACAAGUUCCUGCCCCGUGAGAUACAGGUGAUGAAGGUCCUGCGGCACAAGAACCUCAUCAACUUCUAUCAGGCCAUCGAGACCACAUCCCGAGUGUACAUCAUUCUGGAGUUGGCUCAGGGUGGUGAUGUCCUUGAGUGGAUCCAACGCUAUGGGGCCUGCUCUGAGCCCCUUGCUGGCAAGUGGUUCUCCCAGAUGACCCUGGCCAUCGCCUACCUGCACAGCAAGGGCAUCGUGCACCGCCUUUCUGCUGCUGGUAGGGACUUAAAGUUGGAGAACCUGCUGCUGGACAAGCGGGAGAACGUGAAGAUAUCGGACUUUGGCUUCGCCAAGAUGGUGCCUUCUAACCAGCCUGUGCGGAGUAGCCCUUCCUACCGCCAACUGAACUGCUUUAGCCACCUCAGCCAGACCUACUGUGGCAGCUUUGCUUAUGCGUGCCCGGAGAUCUUGCUAGGCCUGCCCUACAACCCUUUCCUGUCUGACACCUGGAGCAUGGGCGUCAUCCUCUACACUCUAGUGGUCGCCCAUCUGCCCUUUGAUGACACCAAUCUGAAGAAGCUGCUGAAAGAGACUCAGAAGGAGGUCACUUUUCCACCCAACUACCCCAUCUCCCAGGAAUGCAAGAACCUGGUCCUCCAGACCCUACGCCAAGCCAGCAAGCGUGCCACCAUCCUGGACAUCAUCAAGGAUCCCUGGGUUCUCAAGUUCCAGCCUGAGCAACCCACCCACGAGAUCAGGCUGCUCGAGGCCAUGUGUCAGCCCCCCGGCACCACUAAUCAUCACCAGUCCUUGGCAGUCAAUACCUGAAAGAGGCUGAGGGAGGAGGGGGCUGAGAGGAGAGCACAGCAGGAGGGUCUGGGGCUAAAAAUCUUUUAUACCAAAAAUAAAUCUAAUUCUGUUUUAGUUUCA